CUCACUUUCUACCUGCGUUGCUUGCUUAGUGAGUGCGGAAUCUCCUUAGAGGGCAACGAGUUGGCGCACGUGUGGUAUAAGUGUAGUCUCAUUAAUUUUUUAACGCCUUAUUACCUAGAAUGCGAAGAAUUAACGGUUGGUGCUAUCACAAACCGAGUUCGCGGCUGUAAUUGCAUUCGCCCUUGCGUAGACGAGUCAACGUGUUCUUGUAUGCGCCGCUCUCUAGGUCGCAACUACAACAGGUCGCAUCGUCUGUUAAAGGUGAUAGGUGAGCAAGAUCAGUACCAGCGACCUGUUUUCGAAUGCCACUCGGAGUGUGGUUGCCAAUUUCUUGGUUGCAGAAAUCGAAAUGUCCAAUACCGUCUUGGCGACACCAGCCUCUUAUCUGUCUUUGAUACGCGUGGCAUGGGUAGAGGAGUCUGCGCAACACGGAAUAUCAGGCGAGGUGAAUUCGUGUGUGUGUACCAGGGAAGGUACAUGAACCCAGCGAACGUACAUACUAUCGCCGAAAGACAACUUCGAACCUCUGUAGAUGGUGCUCAGCCCAGUAUCACUGAUUCCAGCAGGUGGCCCCCUAGCGCUUUUAUCAACCACUCGUGCCAGCCCAAUAUGACAGUUAUUCCCGUCCGAAUCGAGUCAUCAAAAGCCUACUUGACGCUGUUCGCAAUUCGUGAUAUUAGAGAAGGCGAGGAACUUACGUAUGACUAUACCGAAAGCAGCUCCGGUGUGAUUUGGGACAACAAGUCGGAGCUUUCACCGUCGCCUUUCAAAAUGAAGUUGGCAUUCAAGACGACAAGGAAUGUUAACUUAUGUCUUUUGUUUAAAGAUUGUCAGAAAUGGUAA